AUGUCCAAUGAAACUCUUGAAAAUUACAAGGGCGAUGCCCAUGACAUUUACUUGGGGAAAAACCGUCGGCUUGCCGACCCUAUCUUCUUCCCAGCCCCUGGGCGCGCGGCUCUUAUGAUAGAGAGAAAACAGAAGACACUUGCCCUGGAAAUGGAAGCGGAGCCGGAUGGACCACGAGAGAUGACAAGAGCUUUCAUGAGUCGAUGGGGCUGGGGGUAUCUCAUAAGAUAUCCACCGGGUGAUCCAAAUCCGCGAUUCGAAGAUUACGAAAAGUGCAUGGACGCAAUGGCUGCUGAUGUGCAAGAGACUUGGGACAAGAUCCAACGAUUGGUUAGAAACCACGAGGAUGACAUCCAACGUUGGAUCCUUGACUCUUAUAUGAGCUUAGAAAACGAAGAACCUCUUACCAACAGCAGCCCAUAUGCCUCCAUGACAUCGAGUUGGCAUCCAACUGUUACGGCUUUUAACAACUGCCACCCAGACAUCAGCACUUUCAUGGAACCUAACUCGAUAGAAUCCGAUUUUCACAUAAAAAUCCCCGAUUCGAACGCACCUUUACUAUUCCCUUUUAUAUUUAUCAAUCGAUAUUUCUCGGCGAGUGCAAUGACUCAAGUAGGCGACAUUCGAAAUCAUCAUACUGUUUUUUAUAACCAUCUUUACAACUUUUACGAUAGCCGGCUACCAAUAAACUGGCCACAUGAAUAUGAACCCGAACCCGCUGUCAUCACAAACCCGCCGGCUUCAGCCAAUUGGCCAGAAUCACGCGAAUUCUACAAACAAAAACGUCUCACGUUCUUGGCCCCUCACAUCGCUUCAUCUGACUUGCUAGAGCCUGGUCGGCUGUUUUCCUUGAUCCACUCUCGUGGCAGGCAACACCCUUCUGUUUUUGCAAAAAAGGACAAUGAUAUGACUUUUAUUGGCAGACGGACCAAUUAUCUGACAGACCCUUUGAUUGCAAACCGUAUGGUUAGCUUUGACAUCUCCCAGUCUGGUUCCGUAAAGAGCUAUCGUCCAGAACUAUGGAAGGGAUGGACUAAUCGCCCAGACGAUGAACUCUCCGCUGAGGAUAAGGAAGAAUAUGAUGAUCUUUGGCAUCGAGGACAGCUCUUUGCGCCAUCUGAGGCUUGGAUCAUGCUUCAAAGUCAGCGGGUUACUUAUUACUAUCUCUGGCAUCUCCUCACAGAUAUCUGCGACAAGAUGAAACUUAACCCUAGCGCGCGAUUGGCUCUCAAAUCUCCCAAAGAACAGAGCGAGGUAUUGAGCAAUGUUAGAACCACGAUGAGUAAGGAGCACCAUCUGAAAGACUGGUUUGAUUUUGCCAGGAAUCAGCCUUCCUUACUUCCACCCACACAGAUCUCACCAAUUUACUUUACAGAGCUGCAAUCCACGAUGGAAGAGGCAGAGGAGAGUAUUCGAAAGCUGUUUAACGACCCAGGCUUUUUCUUUGACAUGGUUUACGAGCUUAGGGAACAUCAUUGGGGAAAUAUUGGGAUGAAAAGUGACGAGAAAAGUCCUGAUGAAGUGGAUCAAUAUUCAGCAUACGUGGAACAAUACACAAAUGAGCAGACUUGCCAUAUGCUCUAUUAUGAUCUCAUAAGAGGAGUGGUGAGGCGGCACAUUUUUGAGUUUUACAUGUGGUAUUCUAUCUACACCCGCCUGCGGGAAUUCGAAAGCAAGAUGAAAGAAACGUUUCCAGACUACGGCAAGGAAGGCUAUUCUGACACAGAUGGAACCAACAGGGCCCAGCAGCCUCCGGUUUUUCUCUCUGACAAAAUGAAACAAAAGCACGCCAAAUUAGCAGAAGAAUACAUGUCAUUGGUUGUUUUGAUUCGGUACCAUGCCAUUUUCUUCGUCAAUGAAUUCCGUAAGAAGGGCAUUCACGCUGGUUCGCCAAUAAUGUCCCAUCUAGUAUAUAGCAUCGGACCACCUCAGGAAGAAAUCCAAGACCGCGCAUGCAACAUACAGAAGAAUCACUAUUACGCUCCAGACCUGAAAUACCGCUCAAAGACCAGGGAUAAAAAGUUCAAUAUCAACAAAUUAGAAAAGAACGUCCUCAAAGUAUCUGUCUUUGAUGCCAUUGAAACCUUCAUCGUGAAUCCUUUAGACCGCACGAACUGCGGAAUCAAGGAGGCAGUACGCUAUCUCCAGGAAGUGCGGCAGGUCACAGAAGACAAGAGGGAAGGUGUAUUCACAGAAUUAAUCGCUGAUACAAUAUACAGUCUCGAUAUCCUGACUUCGCUCGCCGACCACUUGGAGUCUCUUUGGCCUGCCAUGGACAGAAUCGGUGGCGGAGAGGUUGAUGAAACGGUUCGCCGAAAGUAUUUUGACCAAGCUAGCAGAGAUAUCUCCAUCAACUUUCUACAUUUUGACGAGUUUAACUUUGACAAGAUCCCAAAGGAGCGUAUGAACAGAUUAUUCCUCUUCUUCGAUGAACUUCAGGGCUUUGCGCGCGAAUCCAUCUCGAUGGGACAUGCCAAAUACGAUCUAAAGAGAUUCGGAGCGUCGCUGCUCCGCGAUUAUAUAUACCCCCAUAACGAGCAAUUCGGGGGUCUCAAAGCCAACGAAGAAGCAAUUUCUCGGCUCGAAAAGGCAAUGGGCGCUGAGGAGAUAGUGGCGGCAGCAAAGCGCCAACGACAAAGAGAUGCCUUCAUCGACCUAUUGGAAUCAUCCCCACCUAACGCGGCAACAGAGAAGAAGCGGCUGAAGAAGCUCGCUCGCCGUCAGAAAAGAUCAAAGACACAAGCAGAACCAUCCGGUGAGCCAACCUCCGAUUUAGGCAAGGAGAAAGACGAGACAACGCCAGAUGUGGGAGAAGACAGCGUCGCAAAUGAGGACAUAUACAACCCGCGAUGGGAAGAGUCACUCCAUGCUAGUCUCACACAGUUUUUGUUCUCAUCUAUCCACGAAACUCGUCUUCUGGCCCAAUCUCAAACCACUGCGCCAAAAUCCAACGCUGCCAUCGGGCCAGCGCCCAAUGCCCCCGAUGGCUCUCCCAAAGGCAUCAUCAAGAAGCAUGAAUGGGCCACGCUAAAAGCAAUCUAUGGCAUCAAAGUCAGAGAAGACGAAGCAGUUUCGGUUUCCUACGCCCAGCUCAAGGCUGCGAUGGAGGCAUUGGGAUACAAGCAGGCUAGGGGUAGAGGGAGCCAUAAAGAUGAAGCAUAG